CCCGGCCGGGACCACGUGUUGGCAGCGUCAUGGCGUCAGCGCCCAAGCGGUUGAAGGCGGCGGUCGAGAGCGGCGCCCAGGGGAAGAGCAGUGCCGACCCCCUCUCCGGGUUCCUGGCAUGGUGCGGGCGGGCCGGGGUGGAGCUGAACCCCAAGGUCCGCCUGAGCAGGGAGGGCGCGGUGGCGGGGUACGGGAUGUUGGCCGCCGAGGAGCUGGAGGCGGGAGAGGUGCUGUUCACCAUCCCUCGCACGGCGCUACUGUCCCAGCACACUACCUCCAUCCACGCACUCUUGCAGGAAGCCCAGGAGUCCCUGCAGAGCCAGUCUGGUUGGGUUCCUCUCCUGCUGGCCUUGCUACACGAGUACACAGCCAGCAACUCCCACUGGCAGCCGUAUUUCUCCCUCUGGCAGGACUUCCGGAGCCUGGACCACCCCAUGUUCUGGCCUCAAGAAGAGCGAACAAGGCUCCUGCAGGGCACAGGCAUCCCAGAAGCUGUGGACAAGGAUCUAGCUAACAUCCAUUUGGAGUACAACUCCAUCAUCCUGCCUUUCAUGGAGACCCAUCCCAACAUCUUUGACCCCAAACUGCACACUCUGGAGUUGUAUAAAGAGCUGGUGGCAUUUGUCAUGGCUUACAGCUUUCAGGAACCUUUGGAGGAGGAAGAAGAUGAGAAGGGGCCCAAUCCUCCCAUGAUGGUACCUGUAGCAGAUAUUUUGAAUCAUGUGGCCAACCACAAUGCCAACCUGGAAUACUCUCCUCAAUGUUUGAGGAUGGUUACAACACAGCCUGUGGGGAAAGGACAGGAGAUAUUCAACACGUAUGGGCAGAUGGCCAACUGGCAGCUGCUGCACAUGUAUGGCUUUGCAGAGCCCUACCCUGGCAACAGCCACGACACAGCCGACAUCCAGAUGGUGACACUGCGCAGGGCAGCGCUGCAGCGUGCCAAAAGUGAAGCACAGCGGCAGCUGGUCUCAGAGCAGUGGGACUUCUUGUGCCAGCUGGAGAUGGUGGGGGAGGAAGGCGCCUUUGUGCUUGGCUGGGAUGAGGUGCUGACAGAAGAAGAGCUCUCUGUGACCCUCAAGGUUCUCUGCAUGUCAGAAGAAGAAUUCAAGGAGUAUAAGGAGCAAGAUGGCUGGGAAGACGACAGUGAGGAAGAGGAAAACUCCACCCUUUCAAAUGAGGCCCUCUCCAGACUUAAAACCCCUUGCAAGAAGCUCCUUUAUGACAGUGUGCUGCUGACCCUGGAGUCCUAUGGGGCAGAUCUGAAAGCAGAGCAGGACUUGCUAAACAACAAGGAGGCUUAUGAGAAACUGAGUCGAAGGGAGCAGCAAGCGCUGCAUGUGCGCUAUGGACAGAAAAGGAUCUUGCAUCAGCUGCUAGAGCUGGUACAAUAGAAACCUCAGUGUCCCUGGACAGGACCUGCUGGGGCUGAUCCUAGGGGAAAGGUCAGCCACUGGCCAUCUCUUCUGUAGCAGAGAGGACAGAUAGCAAGACUGAUAACAGGUCCACUUGUCUCUCAUACAGAUUUUUAGCUACCUCUACAUAAAGAAGAUUUUUCACAGCACAAAGGUGGUUUUGAGUGGCCUUAAUGUACCAUGAGAGCUCUGGAGCACAAAUACCAUCUCUUUCCAGAGGCCUUAAGAAACCACAGCCAUCCUAAUGGCUGUUUUAGGAAGGCAGACAUGCACUGCCAGAAAAGCAGAGGAUUUCCUCAUUCAGCAUUGGAAAUUUAAGGCAAGAGCUGCUCCUUAGGAGGGCAGAAAUCCUGCUGUUAGCUCUUACCUUAGAGAGGUUCAGAGUAAAUAUCUGGCAGGUGGACCUGCUGACAACACUAUACUGUACAUACAACACUAAACCUGUACAUAUUUUACAUUGAACAUUUUCAAGAGUACAAGCCCAUCUAGCUAGUCUUCAUGAAGGCUCAGUAUAACAAAUAUUUCCUUUUAUUUCCACAAAAGGUAUUUCUGAGUGGGCUUGAGAAUUCUCUAGAGGAGUACUGUCACAGCUCUACAACUGCUGCAGGCUGAGAAUUUGAUACACACCCUCUGCUUGAUGCAGUUCUACCCUAAACUCACUUCAGUUUUGCAUGACAAAACAGUGAUGGUUGACCGGCCAAGCUCUAUUUACUAAAAAUGAGUUUUCUUACCCAGCCCAUGCUCUCUACUUCAACAGGGUGUGAAGCCCCAUCUAAGGACAAGGGGAUUUGCUGCUGCUGCUGCAGUUAGAAGUAUUGCAGACAAGCAAAACCCACAGUGCACUCAUGACAAAGCUCAGCUACGGCCCUGCCUGUAGCGCUCGGGGAAAGGAUGGUUUAACAGUACUGAGGGGAGCUUGUUCUGGUUUCCCACAUGGGACAACAGUGAAUUUGACAGGAUCUCACACAGCUGCCACUAUCCUUUCAUAGGGAUAGCGUUAAAAUUGGUAUUUUUGUAUCCUGUGUCUCUCCAAAGAAACCAUAUUGGAAAACAUACAUGUCAGUUGUUUAAAGUUUGGGGUUUGGGUUAAUAUGCACAAACUUGGUGAUGACAGAAGCAUAUAAAAGGUUCAAACACUGUAUAACAAGACUUUGUUAUACCUACUGUUUGUAAUUGUUUGCCUGCAUGGGCACUGGAAAUUCCACCUCACUGGAGAAGGGCAUUUUGAGGACUUCACUUUUAGACUAUUUUUGGACUGUGGGGAAAGCUUGGAGGGCAUUUGCUUACUAAGAAGUUGAUUAUGUAGUGGCCUUUGUAGCUAUUAAGAGAACUGGGGGAAAUGGCCUUAGAAUGGAUCCUGCAAUUAAUGUUACUUUGUUGCCAGGAAGAAAAAUGCGGCAAAAGACCAGAUGUUGAUCUGUUCUCUGCAUUGCAGAACAAUGGUAAGGCUUGGAAGGAACACAGCAGACUCUCAUGUUUUAGCACUAGAGAAAUAAAAAGGAAGUGUAAUGAAGAGAAUGAGGUGGAGAAGAGAAAGGAAAGAAAAGGGGAAAAGAGAUCAGAAAAGGGAUGGUAAAUUUGGUUGAUUGCUGUGAUAGCUGGAAGGGCAGGAGGUAAUUUGAGAGAAUCAGAUUUCAACUGGGAAAUUCCCAUCUAGUACAAAUAAUUCAUCAGUGUACUUACUGUAAGCAGAAUGGACACUGGAAACAGAUGCCCACAGAACCCAGGGCAUAGGUAAUCCUCAAAGAUGGGAGGCUCCACAAGUAGGAAGACUGCUUACACUCCAUUGGGAUUUAGACUGAGAGGCAGCUGAGACUCCAAAUAAUCCCCAACAGAACUCCUGCUCAGUAAAUUUGGGGAAUGAAAAGGUAGAAUAUCUAAUAGAGGAGCAACUUAGAUGUAAAAGGAGUCUUCAGUAAACAAAGCCCAUCUCUAGCUGGAGCCAUAGGGAAAAGGAAAUAAGGCCAUUUUUCCAGCCACUUAAAUUUGGAAUUGGAAAGCGUUUUAUAAAAAUUCUGUACAUAUCCAAAUGCCCAAUGCCAUUAUUAGGAAGAGAAUUAAGUAAAUUAAAUGCAAAAAAAGAACAUUUGCAAAAGGACAGACCCAAGUACAUAAACCAGAAGAAAAAGCCCUGGGGGCACAAGUGUUUAUGUUACAGGAUCAAAAAGACCCAGAGAGGAAGAGAGACUAAAAAAAAUAGAAAAUGAGGUGACUCCUCUCAUGUAGAUGACUGGUACUCCUGCAAGAUCACAAGAAGCAAAACUAAUAACAAUCCAAUUAAAACCUGGCACCAGACCGGUAAGAUGAAAACAAUACCUGUUAAAUUGCAAGCUAGAAAAGGACUAGAGCCAAACAUUGAAAGAUUUAGUAGCUUUGGGUUGCUUCAGGAAUGCCAGUCAGUUUAAUACCCCAAUUCUAGCAAUUAAGAAACCACACUCAGACAAUUAUCAGCUAGUCCAAAAUUUAACAGCCAUAAAACCUGCACACAAGAUGUGCAUCAACCACUUAAAAAGACACUGAUCAGUGGUUUGGGGCAUUAGACUUGAAAGAUACUCCCUUAAAAGAUAUUCUUUUGUAUCCCACUGGACGCCUGAAUUCAGGAGGUGUUUGCAUUUGAAUGGGAGAAUCCUCAAACAAGGGCUGUCAGUGAUACUGGACUGUUCUACCAUGGGGAUUUAAGAACAGCCAUACAAUUUCUGGAAAACAAUAUAAAAUUGUGUGUCCUUGGGAUUGGAAUGGGAGGCAUAGUAAAAAGUAUAGUGUAAAAGAAAUGAGAACUGUGUUCACAGUUCCAACUUCAAAAGGCUGUUUCAGCACAGCUGUUGAUCUGGCAAAGAAAUGCCAUGGAAUUGUAGUUCCUAGCCACAAUCUGCUCCUUGACAUAGAGGUGACUAAUGUCUGGACCAGAAAGAGAGAGAAUUCCCUCUGAGCUGCCACCCACUAGCACAGCUGGCUCAGUGACCCCUCAGAACUGUUUUUUCCUCUAUGCAGCAAAUGCAAAGCCAGGUAUGGAACCCCUUAAAAGCAGGAAAUCCUGACCUGUCUGCCCACACCACAGCAGUCAAUUAAAGCAGUCAGCUUUAUAAGCUGAUGUUAUGUAAAAUGAAAGAAGCGAAGCUCUAUUUCCUAGCAUCUCCUAGGUUAAAGGACCUUGUAAUAUUAACAGCACUGAAGCUAACCACAACCUUGGGCAGAUUCCUGCUGCAGGGAGAUCACAGCAGGGUGGAAGGCACUAGAAAUUAAACUGACGGGCUAUCUACACUCUGUAUACCUCCACUGCAGUUUCCUGUCUGAGACAAACUGCUCAUGAACUUGCAACUAAGCCAUUUCUAUUUUCACACAACUGUCCUUCCUGAUCCAAUUCAAAGCAAGCCUCUGUCUAGUCAUUAUAUUUGCCCACUGAUCUCAUGCUGGAGAACAAACCCAGCUGCUUUCAACAGGCAGUGCCCAAAACACACUGGAAAAACUGCAGGUUUUGGAUGUGUGGAACACGUUUUGGAAGACACCAACUGGCCAGGAUAGAACUGGAGAGAAUAAGCACAGUGGCACGUGCUGCAUGUCAUGACUUUAAUGUGUAACUACAGUAUGCAUACAUACAAGAGUGGGAGAACUAAAGCCCAAGAACUAGAAAGGCUACAAAAUACAACACGUGGACCAAUACUUUACAAAACAUUGAAAAUCCUUACAAAAUGGGCUGUAUUGGUCCUUUGGGUUUUUUGUUUAGUUUUUUCUUUCUUUUUUUUUCCUUUUUUUAGUUUUUUUUUUUACAAACUUAUACUGUGUGGUCACAGGGGAGGGUGGGAAAAGGUCUAGAUUUUAACCCCUCAUCUUUCAAAAUUUACAACUGUCAAAAAAAAAAAAAAAAAAAAAAAAAAAAAAGAAGAAGCUAUAGGCCUGGUCUCUGGUUUAUUUACUGAAAACAGCUGACCCUCACUCAAAGGGCCUGUUUCUUCUCCAACAAAAAGGAGGCAUUCUCUGACUGCCAUUCCACUUGCUAUCAGCGUUCAAUGAGGGUGAGGGGAAAGCAACACUGAACCUUAACCCCGCCCUCACCCCUCCUGUACUCCACAGAAUUCCCGUAUUCCAAACACAUCCACUUUUUUUUUUUAAA